AAUGACACUUGUCAAUGGUUUCACGUUUUGGUGCACGCGGAUUAUAGGCGGAAGUGAACAUUUCGAGCAAUUUCCUUUUCCUAUUCGUACAAUUUUGAAAUCUUAAAAAAUAUCUCAAGUUUACCAAAGUCUGUUAGAUUAGAUAGAUCGUUGCUGUGCUCGUGUGGGUAAUAUACUCAUGGAGGUGACAGAUUUGAACGAUCUUUUAAAUGUACGCACAAUCAAAAUGGAAAGUGUUGAAAAUGCGUUUGAGGAAGCUUCGGGCAGUGUAGAUACUUCGGAUCCUCUUUCUGUGAUUCCUCAAUAUGUUACCGAAUCUGAUUUAGGUCUGAUGCCGACAGGAGUGGAGAUCCUGCAGGCUCCGCUGGCCGUGUUCGAGGAUGCUCCGGAGGAUGAGGACACCAUGCAGAGCACUGACUCUAGCGAGGAGGUGAUAGUCCAGCUGAUGGACAUCCGCACCCGCCUGUCCAAACUGCGGAGCAUGCUAGAGAAGAGGCUUGGAGUGGAUCUGACAGAUUACACCUUCUGGCUGCAAGAUGCUAAAAUGCUGGAAAACCACAAGACCCUGGUAGAGCAGUGCAUCAGAGGCGAAGGCGUUGUCCAGGUUAACAUACAAGUGCGAGCGGCGGAGAGGAAGAUUAACAUACUGGAUGUUUUGAAGCCGGACGAGGAGCUGGUAGCAUUACCUACACCUGCAGAAGAAGUGGAAGAAACGAUAGAGGAAACGGAAAUAGAGCCGGACCCGGCGCCGCACGCCGCCGCCGUCAAGUGGGUCGUGGACGCUAGCUUUAAACAACACCACAGCCGCGCCAGCAUACCAGACGACCCUGCAGAUUGGUCCGUCCAACACGUCAAGCUAUGGAUACAGUGGGCGGUGCGGCAGUUCAAUCUGACAGGUGUCAAGCUGUCAGAUUGGCACAUAAGCGGGUGGACGCUGUGUGCCCUCACUAAUUUAGAUUUCAAAGAAAAGGUACCAUCGGACCCGGGCGACUUGUUUUGGACACAUUUUGAACUUUUGAGGAAAUGCAAGUUCAUUGCGGUGGUGCAGAAUCAAAACCAAACCAAACCUGACCCACUGGAGACCCCACAGUCGGCCAUCAAAAAACGGCCCAAAAUGCAAGUGAUCCACACAUACACGGACGAGGACGCGACCUUCGCUCACACUCGGAACGGGAACAACGGACAAGUGCAGUUGUGGCAGUUCCUGCUGGAGCUGCUGACGAGCGCGGAACACCUGGACGUUAUACGGUGGCACGGCACAGAGGGCGAGUUUAAGCUCCUCGAGCCGGAGCGAGUGGCUCGACUGUGGGGCGCGCGCAAACACAAACCGGCCAUGAACUACGAGAAACUGUCGAGGGCACUGAGAUAUUAUUACGACGGAGAUAUGAUCGCGAAGGUUGCGGGGAAAAGGUUCGUGUAUAAGUUCGUGUGUGAUCUUCAGCAGCUGCUCGGGUACGGCGCGGGCGAGCUCGCGCAGCUCGUGCAGGAGGUCCACGACGACAGGCACGAGGCGUAGGGGGUCACUCACACACGGGUCACUCACAUAUAUUUUUCUCGUGUCCACUGGUCCGAGGGCCACUGGUGUGAAAGUGUUCUCGUGCAGUUUGGUCACUCACUGGGUCACUCACAACAUUCGCAGAGUCUCAUGAUAUUCACAGCACGCCAGGCUCGUGUACAAUUUCGUGUCUCACGCCACAUCCGUGGAUGCUUAUUGUAGCAAAAUAGGUCACUCACGAAAACAGUGAUAGCGGAAUAAAAAAAUCCUCAAUAAUUGUGGCCCAGAAACUUUCAGUGUUACCUAUGUAAAUAUGAUUAUAGUAGCAGGUACGGAAUUACACAAAAAUUCUAAUUUAGAACAUAAAUUCAAACAAAAUUGUGACGUCCCACGGGAAAAGGUACCUUAUGGCGGUUGGCGCUUACGCUAUUAUUAACGCCGCUCCAAUAUCAUUGCGGUGCUAUGCGACGUAAGCGCCAGCCGCCAUAAGGUACUUUUUGCCGUGGAACGUCACAAUUACAUUUAUAGUUUGUCAAAGGACUGUCUCAUUUCAAUCAUAGACAGAGAGAAUCAUACUAUCUCUGUCUUACACUAGUACUAGCACCCAAAAGAAAAGGUUGAGUAUAGUUUUCCUGGUUCUGACUAGGGUUGCCAACUUUUUUUUAGUGAAAUAUAGUAUUUUGCAAAAUUACAUAUAAAAUAUAUAGUACACUGAAAGAAAAUAUAGUACAGUCAAGGAGAUGGUUUAAAAUAAAUGAAAAGUAUGCCAAAUAUCGCGCGUGUCAGUAGGCGUGUGUAAAAUCAUGGGUUGGACUAAAGUUUCGGGUCAAAUAUCUUGGCCAUUUUCGAUUUUAGAGAAAAGUUAUUCCUACAUAACAUGCUUAUUUUAGCGUUUUGAUUGAAUUUUUUCUACGAUUCCUAUACAUUUUGCACUUUUGGUCAAAAUUUUUCUGUCUUUUUUUGCACUCCCUUUGCUUUAGGCCGACCCAUUGUUCCUAUUAUAAUCCUUUUACUUUGAUCAUUAUCAGAUUAUCAUUUUGGUUAUCCAUUAAACAAGUAGUUUGAAAUAUUAUUUCAAUUUAUUUCGUUGAUGCAAAGUUACAAACUUCUGAAACUUCACAUCACAAGAUGAAAAAACCGUUGACAGUUGGCUGAGUGCUGUAUAUGAGGACGUGACAGUGACACUGAUAGUGUCACUUUUGACAUAACACUCUUGACAGUAACAUUGACAUGUAGGUUCACGUUAAAGCAUGCAACACUCGCGCUUGUUCAGUUUAAGAACUUUGAGUUAUGUUGUUAUUUCAUAUUUAUGAAAAAAAAGCACAGCGUAAGGACCCAUCGGAAUAUAGUAUUUUUGCGUACUAUAUAGUAUCCUAAAAUAUAUAGUACGCAAGGCCGAAAUAUAGUACAAUACUAUAUUAUAUAGUACGGUUGGCAACCCUAGUUCUGACUGACAAAUUGGUUUGACCAACUAUAAAUACAUAUGUUAAGACUGUCGAUGUAUAUGUCGGCGGCCGAUCGUAAGAUCAGGCAUAUAGUGAAAUUCCUAAGCAUAUCGUAAAACGUGAAAAUCUUUGACUCGUUCCCUGAGUUGACGGAGUCCUAUUUUUAGACAGUUUGCCCUUCGGGCAUCUGAAGCAACCUAACGAACCUAUCCUGCCUAUACCGGGUGUGGCCUGUAACACGAGCAAAUAAUUAAAACAUAGAUUGUACUCGUCAAACGGUGACACUUUUGUUCGACAACUUUAAAAAAUUAUGAAGUAUUUAGACUCCCUAUUUUUCAUACAAAAUAAAUAUUAUCUUCAAUGGACGCCAUCGCCACGCCAUAUGAGUCGCUUAACUUCAAACUCGGGUAAAUCCAUCUGUCAGAUUAUGCGAUUUUGGUAUUAAGAAAACGUAAUAGGGUAGAUAUUUGCUGAGAGGGUCCAAUGGAUUUACCAGAGUUUGAAGUUAAGCGACACAUAUCAAUCAGGGGUCGGACAAAAAGUGCGGAUGACGUCAAACUACUUAUAGGAUGAUUUCAAAUAGUAUUUUUGAUUUUCAUAAACAAUUAUCACUUAUCAUUUAUCAACCUCUUUAUUAAACGAUAUCGCCACUUUAAAUGAGUAAGUACGUUUUUGACUGACACAUUGUCAAUCAGAUGAACAAUAAAUUGACUUCGUUAUUGUUUAGCUAUUGUAUCUUCACGAUUAUAUUUAGCUAAAAUUUAUGUUUACUAAUGUAUAAGAAAACGCUCUAAAAUGUCAUCUUUACUCGAAUAUUGUGGCAAUUUUCCGUUUUUGGAGGUACGUGACAAACACGUAUACUGCUCUUGCUGUAAUCAAGAUAUACCAACGAAGGUAAGCAAUAUUAAAAGACAUUUAUUCGUGAAAUUUAUUUUAUUCACUACAUCACCCUACCACCUGUAUUAUUAAUUCCAUGGAUUUAUUUACGAUUAUUUUGUUACUUCAUUAAUACUACUUUGUUACUACAUGUCACACGGAAGUUUAAAUACAAACUCAAACAUCAUCCUGUGUGCAAGAUUACGUCAUUUUUACGUCAUCCGCACUUUUUGUCCGACCCCUGCAUAUCAUUGUGAUUGACGUUGCUUGUCACACCUUAAACAUAACAAAAUUCGCAAUACAUUGCGUCUUAGAAUAAACUUUAAAGUGUAUUAAAAAUCAAACCACAAGUUAUUUUUAAAAGUCGCUAAACAAAUGUUGGUCAGUAUGAGGAGUACAGCCUACUGUUUAAUUUUUUGCUUAUAAUAUAAGCAAAAAAUUAUAUUUAUUUUAUUAUAUUUUUUGCUUGUAAUAUUAUUACAGACCGGGUGUGGGUCACAUAUUGGUUUAAUGUGACUAUCGUCAAAACAUUACACAGGAACAUUACGAUCUGCCUGAUCUUACGAUCGGCCGCCGACAUAUAAAUAGUAAACACGCCUUGACCGAUGUAUGUGUGUUUGCGUACGUGCGUGUGUAAAUAGUGUAUUUAAGGUCUGUUUGUACAAAUACAGUUUAUGCUUGUUUAAUAUA